AUGUGGCGGUGUUGUGGCCGGUUGCACGUUGCGUUGCUGCGGGGGCGGUGGGCCUUGACUGUUUUGCCGACAGGCGUUGCAGUGCGGCUGCGUAGCGCACCAACAGCCCCGCCGUGCGAGUGCCACGCCCAACGCCAUUGGGACUGCGGGACGAAACAGCCGCGAGUGUCCUUUGGAGCCGGCGGCGCCUGCUGGCCGCAGUUGGGCGGUGCGAGUGGGAUGCUUCAUCGCACGGGUGUUGUGAUGGCGCCUCGAAGCGGCAUCCCCGGCGAUGGUUCCGACGCUGCAACUCGCAGAGGAGUGGAGGGAACGCAGCAACCAAAGUGGACCAUGGGCAGCACCGUAAAGGACAUUCUGCUGGGUGGAGACACUCUCAACACCGACAUGAAGCUGAACGAUUACCUUUGGGAUUAUGUUGGCGGCAGGGCGGCCGUUGAUGAAGACCACAACGUGACGAUGGAGGCGUUUGUUCAGGAGCCGGAUGAUUACGUACAAGACCAGCAGCUUCUUAGAGUUAUUUUUAAUUUAAAAGAGUACCAAGUGUACAAGCUUCAUCACGAGGGUGUGUUUUCGAUUGAGCAAUGGAGGGACUAUGAAGGAAAGGACACAAUCACUCCUUUUCCAAAAGAAAAACUAAACGGAGUUCUCAUGCAGGUACUGAGAGAAGCGAGGCGUGAGGCAGAGGAAAGGCGAAGACGAGCGCAAGAAAUGAAAUUUACCAUUUCCACUACGAUCGAAGAUGUACUGUUUAAAGGAGGAGUCCGCUACAAGGAAAUGAAGCUGAACGACUUUCUUACGAGGGAACUGGACGGCAGGGGCAUUGUGGCUACCAAUCGGAGUGCUUUGCUGAAGGAGUUUUUCAAGGAUCCCAAGAAGUAUAUCCGUGAUAAGGGAGUACUGAACGAAAUACAGGCAACAGAUGCUUAUGCGAGGAUGGAGAGGGCUGUAAAGGGUGAAAUAAUCUUUGAAAAAGAUAUAAAGAAGCUUUACAAAAAUGGUGUCAGCAAUCUACUUGGGUGGUCAGAAGCUGCAGCGGAGGUAAAGGCAGGUGUUCAUGGCAUCACUAACGAGUUUUUGGAUGCAGCCCUUGAGGAUAUAAGGAUCCUAACGACGACGAGUGCAGCGAUGAAACUGGAGGGAUGCUACGAGUCUGUGUACAAUGCGAGGUGGCAUCGUGUGGUGGAACUUCCGGAGGGCGAGGAGCGAAAGAAAACGGGGGUGGGAAUGGAGGUGAAGGAGGGGAAACCGAAACAGUCAUGGACGUACAAGAAAAUUGGUGACACCCUCGAAAAGGAUGACAGUGUGCAGCAAUCCGGUGAAGCACCUCCCGUGUUGAUGGUGCUCACCUCGGACAAGGGAUGGCCGUACUCGUGGAAUAUGACACAGGAUUCUUCGGAGGACUUUUUUGUUAACUUCGAGGUGGAUCGAGUGUGGCAGAUCGUCAAGGGCGAUCUCACCGAGUGGUUCAGCAACUUUGACUUGACUCUCAGUUCUUCACCCGUGCGGCGUGUGUUGAUUGGGACACCCGGGAUUGGGAAAUCGGUGGCUGCCAGCUCGUACCUCCUCUACCAGCUGCUGCACUACGAUAUCUAUAAACUCCAAGUGGUCGUUCACUGUUUUGGUGGACGUGAUGUGUACGUGUUUGACAAGACCGCCAAAACCGUGAGAAGAUACAGCGAUGAGGACAUGUGCAUCACGGCUUUGAGAAGUUUGAGGAAGAGUGGGAUGAAAGGGUAUAUUAUUUACGAUGUGGCAAAGAAAGGAACGCCGCCGCUGAGACAUUUUUUACCCUCCACCGGAUGGGGCAUGAUUGUGGUGUCAUCGCCAAAGGCAAGCAACUAUGAUGAGUGGGAGAAGCAACUAAAAGCCAGUCGAAUCAUCAUGAAUUGCCCCGACGAGAUGGAUGUGAAGGCGAUGUGUGCAUGGAUGAAGCGUGACGAGACUGCGGAGAAAAAAACGGAAUACUGGAGGAUGGUCAAAGAACGCAUUGAAAAAUUGGGGCCGAUUCCACGUCACAUCUUCGAUGAGGAUGAAUAUAGAAAACGCACGCAAGAUGUUAUGAGGGCCUUGAGAUGGAUCAAUCUUGGGGAGCAAGGAAAGUACUUUACACAGGGAGGAGAGAAAAAAUGGUAUUCCGAGGAUCCGUCUCAAAAACUUUUGAAGGUUGUUCGAGUGAGAGAAGGUAGUGCAUUUGAGGACUUCACUAAUGCACUUAUAUGUGAGUAUCUUGGGGUUUUAACAGUAUCUCGUUUGGCAAAGGCGCUGAGUCCGCAUGAUAUUUUUUUCCUCGUAUUGGGGAUGAAGAAUGUUCUUCAACCUGCAGCUUUGAAAAAGUAUGCUUUGAACGUAUUCUUGAGUGUGGAGUUUGUCACUUCCAUAGUGAAGGAUCUCAAGGAGCUGAAGCCACCAUCACCUUCCGAAACACGGUCCUCGGUGCUAACGUUAAACCCUCAUGGUUACCCCACCGAGGCAGCUGCAAUAACUGAACUGAAGUUUAUUGAUUGCCCGCAAGAAUUAAAGUAUCGGGUGCUGUACAUACCGACGUUCCCAAACUUUCCGCUGGUGGACGGCUUUUUCUUCAUGGAGUCACCGCGGAAGACGCUGGUCGGGCUGCGGAUGACGACGGCGAGUGCGCAUCACACCACCGCCAGCACUGUGAGGCAGUUCACUGAGCACCUGGCGGGAUUUUUUGAUGAUUGGGACGAAUUAUCCCGAGACAUGUCGUGGGAUAUUAUUUACAUGCAGCACGCAGACAGCAAGCCGAUGGAAAAAUGGCAGAGAUGUGAUUACGUCAAUCCCAAGAAUGAAACCGACGCUGAAAAAGAAAUUGUGGCGUUCUGGGACGGAAAGGUACACCAAUACCGGGUUAUGUUAAAAGGUAAAUUUCCUGAGGCAAUCAAAUUUUCUGAUGAUGGUCUACCUGAGGGGGAUGAAAAAGGCAAGAAAAUCGAAAAAAAUAAGUAG